AUGCGAAUCCCCAUCCGGGAGCAGUUGGGUGCCCUGGUGUUGUUUGCCAGUCUAGUUGGCUUAGCUGUCAUAUCGGUUGCGACAUGGCUUACUAACCGCAGCUUUGUCCUGGAUGUCAGGUCUACACGAUUAGAGUUAAUUGCGAGCCUCAAAGCCUCUUCGAUUCAGUCUACUAUCAUCUUCAUGCAGUCCAGCGUGCGUUCGGCGGCUUCCCGAGUCAUAAUCCAGAGCUCAUUACGAGAGUUCUAUGAGGGCAAUACCACGGUGGAAAACUGGAGUCGAGCAGAGGCUGAUCUUGCAGCUGUUCUGAACAGCGGUCAACAAUUCAACCUGCUUCUGCAAGCUCAGGUUUUCCCCCACGACGAUGGUCCUUCUGGAGCUGAACCUGUCAUCAGCGUCACUGGCGCUGGAUCCGUUGGAGCCGUCGAACUGCCCAGCGCUGAUGGAUCUCAAGUAUUCCUCGGUGACGAUGUUGGCGGCUAUCCAUCGGUUCUAUAUCCCAAUCUCACAUACACCUCGAGUGCCAUCAAUGACACCUCCACACAAGUUCUGGCCGAGUUUGAAGGACGGAUCUUGGAUGAGACCUCCACCCUCUUGUUGGGGCCAUGGGCGUUGAACUCCACAUUCUCUCUCUUCUCGAUGACUUUGCCAAUCAUAAACAAUACUUCCGCAACUGACAUCCUAGGGUGGAUGACCAUAGUGAUGGACGGAAGGCUGUUCUCAACCAUUCUCGAAGAGGCAGUAGGUUUAGAUGACUCGGGUAUCGCUAUGCUGGUUGGUCCAGACACACGGUCAAACAGAUUUCCCGACGGCGUACUCUGGAACAGCAACGGUGGGACCCCACCAACGAACCAAGCAGUUCGCUAUGCGCUGCCGCCGUCGUUACCGUCAAACAAAGAUCAAAGGCAUUCAUUGCGUACAUACGGCACUGCAAACCCGGCAUUUGACUGGGCCGAUUUCCCCGCGGUCAGGCAGGGACUGGGUUACCGAGCCAUGAAUGACGACACGACUCUCGUGAACUACAACGCCGAUAGCAGGAUCGCAGCUCACAAUGAAGAGGGUGAGGAAGUAGCAGUCGGAUACGCGACGCCCAACAACUCCGUCGUCGAUUGGCUGGUCGUAGUCGAGCAAUCCCGUAGCUGGGUAUGGGCUCCGAUUCAUCGUUUACGCAACCUACUUCUAGCCUGUGUUUUUGGCACUGUUGGUGCCCUACUCUUUUUCGCGUUCCCCGUUGCGCAUUUUUCAAGUCGGCCUAUUCGACGCUUGCGAGAUGCUACACGCAAGACGGUUGUCGCGCCUGGCUUCACUCCCGAGGACAACAGCAUAAUAUCCGGUUCAUCUCACGGAGGUGAUGGUGCAGACGACCCUGAAGAUCAAGACGCGUUGGCGCGCAAAGAGGGCUUCUUCUCCUCCAUGUCAAGAUGGCGUAAAGGCGCACGGCAGACCAAAGAAGAACGUGGGGAGGAACGGCGCAGGCGUGCUUUUCGUAUACCUGGAAAAGUCAAGGACCGCAAGCAUUUUAUCCACGAUGAGCUUACCGACCUUACACAAACCUUCAACGAGAUGUCAGAUGAGCUCAUGAUGCAGUACGAGAAGCUUGAGGAACGCGUCCAGCAGCGGACCGCGGAACUUGAGCUCAGUAAGAAAGCAGCCGAGGCUGCAUCCGAAAGUAAAACGCUAUUCAUCGCUAACAUCUCGCAUGAGCUGAAGACGCCGCUGAAUGGCAUCCUUGGUAUGUGUGCUGUAUGUAUGUCUGAAGAAGACCCGACAAAGAUCCGACGGUCCCUCGGAAUCAUCUAUAAGAGCGGUGACUUACUGCUCAACCUCUUGACCGACCUCUUGACGUUCAGCAAGAACCAGGUCGGCCAGCAUCUCUCCCUGGACGAGAAGGAAUUCCGCCUGCGAGAUAUCAGCGCUCAGGUCCUGGCGAUUUUCGACAAGCAAGCGAAAGAAAACAACAUAAAUUUGCGUGUGAAGUAUGACGGACCUGCUGACGCGAAUUUGGAUGCCGCUGGCACCAUUAACGACUCUCGCCCGUACGGUCCCUUUGGCCUUGGAAAAGUAAGAGACAUGGUGCUCUGGGGCGAUCAGCACCGAAUACUGCAAGUUGUGAUCAAUCUGGUAUCCAACAGCCUCAAGUUCACCCCACAGGGGGGUUCAGUCGAGUUAACUAUCAGAUGCGUUGGCGAGGUUACUGGAGAGAUUGGCGGCCGUAAGAGUUCGCUGCAGUCCAAAUCCGGGCGCAAUUCGAAAAGAAGAUUCAGACUAGGCUCAGGAACAUCUGAUACGUCCGUUGCUACGCAGAGCCCAAGUACCGCAAACGAGACAAACCCACUUGAUAAAUCACCCGCGUUUGCACGUAUGAUGGCUAAUGACCGAGCGGCCUCGCCUCCGCCCGGAAGGUACUUCACUUUUGAGUUCGAGGUCGAGGACACAGGACCGGGCAUUCCAGAACACUUGCAGCAACGUAUUUUCGAGCCUUUCGUCCAAGGGGAUCUAGGCCUCUCAAAGAAGUAUGGCGGUACUGGCCUUGGUCUCAGCAUAUGCUCACAGCUGGCUUCGCUAAUGCAAGGGUCUAUCUCCUUGAAGAGUGAAGUUGGCCGAGGCAGCACGUUCAAGAUGGAAAUCCCACUGAAGCACAUAACGAACCGUGCCGACAGCACAGCCUCCUCUAGCGUUGUCAAUUUCGAAGAUGCGGAGCGCAGGAACAGUCUCACUGCAGACGAUCCUCACCUGCCUGACCGCAGCGCUCACCCCGAUGGUCGAUCAGUACAAUCUGUCCCCAGCACCGCACCCGCCGGUCCUGUAGCCUUCGAAGCCGACUCAAAACCUCGGCUCGUGGGCCUAAGCCAACCGUUCUUUGCGUCGAACACCCCUCUGGAGACCUCCGAUUCCCAGAGAGCAGCCAUGGAGCGCGUGACGAAGGAGGCGACCAACAGAGGCGACAAGGUGAGAGUGCUGGUUGCCGAAGACAACAAAAUCAAUCAAGAAGUGGUUCUGCGUAUGCUUAAGCUAGAAGACAUCUACGAUGUGACCAUUGCGAAAGACGGUCAGGAAGCAUUUGACAUGGUCAAGGAGAGCAUGGCGGCCCACCAUCCGUACAACCUGAUAUUUAUGGAUGUGCAGAUGCCUAACCUAAACGGUAUACAAUCAACAAAACUGAUUCGGCAGUCCGGCUACACUGCGCCCAUCGUUGCUCUGACCGCCUUCGCCGAAGAGAGCAACGUCAGGGAGUGUCUCGACUCCGGCAUGGACUUCUUCCUCGCCAAACCGAUCAAGCGGCCGGCGCUGAAGCAUGUUCUAAAGACGUAUAUCCCGCCUCCGCCCAUCCCCGAGGAGGAUUACGAGUCUCCAGCUCAGACCCCCGGGACAGAGCUUAGCCAGUCCGCCUUUACAGCCGCAGUGAAACCGGACAACGCAAACGCGACGGCAACUACGCUCUUCUCCGCACCGAAGACAUCGGGGAUGCCGCCGGUGCGCGGUGGAUCGCCGGCUGUUUCUCCUUUGUCGUAA